AGCGGACCGACGUCUCCUGUUUCACCUUCCCCCUUCCAACUAGCAUAUUCCUUUCUGUGCUCUCUCUCUCUCUCUCUCUCUCCAAUGCGCAUGGCAAAGCCCUAAUUCCCACAUUCAUAAUCGUCGUUCUUUUAAUCCGGCGUAAACCAAGUGCACCCCCAUUCCUUCUUUUUUCGUUCGCGAGUCAUCUUGAUCUCGCUACGGAGCCCUCUAGCAUUGUUUUCUCAGGUUAAUUCAUUUUCGUUCUUUUGCUUAAGUUCUUUCAUUCGAUGUUUCAAUCCAUUAGUUACAUUUUCUUUUGGAAUGGAUGUAAUGCGACCUCAUUCUGUUCAUACCGGAGUUUUAGAUGAAUUCCGUGCAUUUUGGGUUCGCUGAGUGCUUAAUAUAUAUGUUUGUUUGUUCUUUGCGGAGCCGUGGGUUUCUAAUGCGAAACUUUUCAGCGUUUCUUUCGUUGACUUCUUUGGCUACCUCUGAUUGAUUGUGUUGCGUGAUUUGGCGUCAAACUAGAUUAUGCGCGCGUGUUAUUUUUGACGCCUUAAACCAUUGAUUUGAUUCCCACAACGAAAGAAAAAGCUUUAAGUUUGAAACAUUUUUUUCCUUCAUCAAUCUCAUUUCUUUCAAGCUAAAAGGUUUGUGAGUUCUGAACUUGUGAUAUGUUUUUCAAGAAAUGGUCAAUUUCUUUUGAUCGUAUACUUUUCCUUCCUUCAUUGGUAUUGAGCUCCUCAUACUCCCAAGAAAGGGGAUGAUGAUCCAUCGCAUGAUAGAUACCCCUCUAGAUCACGUGUAUUUAAAAUUUGGUGUUUAAUGUGUGCCUCUGUGUGUGAUUUCCCUCAUUAAAAGGUUUUCAGGAGUCCCUAUCUUACACUAAGCAAGGCAUUACAGAAUAUGCAUAACAGCUGGUUCUUUUUUAUGGAUCUUGAUGGUGGGUCUCCAUACAUUGUUCCCACGGAUCCCCUCAAUUCAUAUGGAAUCGGGAGUCGUUUAUUUUCCCAUUUUGCUUCAUUUGCUGACAAUUCUAUCUACCAGUCUCAAUACCUACAUGUCCCUGGAAGUGUGGCUCUUCAAGAAGCUUUUAACUGCAUUUCCAAGCUUGCUGGGGCUUUAGUUUUUUGGUUCUCUAGUAGUUCAAAUUACAAUACUGGUCAGAAAUUGUCAGGAAAUUCACAUGGUUCAAAACCUCCAAGCUGUAAAGCUUCUACCCAAGUUAAGUCGAUCAGUUCUACUACACAUAGUCUUAAUGGAUUUUGCUUCAAGUUUAGAUCAAGUGGACAGUCUGUCACCCCCGUGCUUUUCAAUAAGAUAUCAAAAUUCACCAUGAGACACCUGUGCAGAGAAGCUGAAUGGCUUCAAUCAUUUCCUGUGCUCUCAUUGGCUGCUGCUCUGGUACCACCGUUCAAGAAUGUAUCUCCGGAGGUAUUAGCUGUUCAACUGGAGAAUCCUGAUGUACAAAUGCAUGGAUGCAUGGAUCAAAGGCCUUGUGAGGUUGGGCAUCAAGGUUGUGCUGAUCUUUCCUUCCUUGAUUUAAAGUGGACGAGACCUGCAGUUGAGCCUAAAACUGGCAUUGAGUUCCCCAUAAUUUUGGACAGCAUUUUAGAUGGAGAGAAUAAUUCCACUUUAUCUUCAGAGGUUCUUGUUGGAACUGGUUCCAGAACCAUGACAAUAGUCAGAAUAAAAUCACUUAAGGUCUAUGCAUUCGGUUUCUAUGUUCAUCCUUACUCUGUCUGUGAGAAAUUGGGUCCAAAGUAUGCUUCUAUUCCAAUCAGCGAACUGAACAAAUGCCGGGAUUUCUAUGAAGAUCUUCUCAGGGAGGACAUUAGUAUGACUGUCAGGCUUGUAAUAAAUUGCAAUGGAAUGAAAAUCAAUACUGUGAAAGAUGCUUUUGAGAAAUCCCUCCGGAAUCGAUUGCUGAAGAUGAAUCCAGACACCGAUUGUCACUGCUUGAGGACAUUUGGAUCUUGCUUCAAACAAGAUAUUCCAUUGCCUGCGGGAACUACAGUCGAUUUUCGAAGAACGGCUGAUGGACAACUGGUUACUGAAAUUGGAGGCAAUCAGAUUGGAGCUGUCCAUAGCAAGGACUUGUGCAGGGCGUUCUUUGACAUGUACAUAGGAGAUAUACCUGUGUCAGAGCAAACCAAGGAGGAAAUCGGUAUGAACGUUGCUGGUAUAAUGAGGAGGUGCUGAGGAGCUUCUUCUCAACCAUUUUUCUCGUGUUUUAAAAGGGCCAAGUGGUUUCUAGCAUUGCAAACUUCCCGAAGCUUCACAGCUGCGGCAUUGAUGGCAAUGCUUUCCAGCCAGCAGUUUUAUGCAGCCAAGGGCAACCAGGCUGUCAUUGAUAUCACGGUUAACAAAGUUAGGGUUGUGGUCCCAGCGCAUACUGCCAAAAAGCGACGCUGGCUCCAUACUGGUAGUUGGUUAUGGUCGAGGGUUGGCUUAGUUUACUAAGUUAGUGGGAUUGGUUUAGCUUGGGGGAGAAAAAAUUAGGUCCUCCCGAGGACAAUGGUGGUCCUCCUGUCAGGCCCCUUGGCCAAUGAAAUCACACACAGUAAUUAAGUAGGGUUUACCUGAAUACUAUAGUACUUGAUGCCAUUUCAUUGGCUGGGGAGGGCUGAUAGGUGGACUGCCGCCAUGAUGAGGAUGGUUUUGUUCAAACUCUGGUUCUUCAUCCUACACUUCUUUGUUUAUCUUUCAGGGGAUCUAGGGAAUUUUAUUGUUUUUUGUUUUAUGGGUUUAAAUUUUAGGUCCUCCCUCUCCCUUUAGAGAGAAGCAGGGUUGAGGGACUAUCUCAGUUCCCACAAAAAUAGAAGUUAAUAAAAUACAGGUCUCAAUACUUCAGGCCC